AAAUCAUGGUGUGCUCGUGCACAAUAAAAGCUGCCUUGAUAGUUGGAGCCGUUGGGUUUUUCAUCUACCGGAAAAUGUUCAAGAAGCCAAGCAUUAAGCCAAAGCCAGAAGCUUACAAGAAAGAUUAUAAGAAGGACACCGUCUACCUAUACCAGUUUAAAAGAACCCGAAAGUGUCCAAAUUUGUCCCCGUUCUGCAUAAAAGUUGAAAUUUUAUGCAGAGCAUACAACAUUCCAUAUGAGAUAUGUGAUGACAAGCUUCGUUGGUCAAGAAACGGUUCAAUUCCAUUUAUUGAGUUGAAUGGAGAACAUAUCGCGGACACUGAUCUCAUUGAAAUGCGGCUUCGAAGGCAUUUUAAUAUCCCAUCUCUACCAGCUGCUCAAGAAGCACAUUCUGUAGCCUUGACAAGACUUGCAGAUAAUCAUUUGUUCAAUUUGCUUAUCCGUUACAAAAUAAUAGGAGAUGAAUUUUUCCAUAUUCUUGUCAGAAGCAUUGGUAUUCCAAAAUUCCUUCAGCCACUUCUCUUUCCACUUAUUCGAGCCUCAUUUGGAAAGAAAGUCUAUCAGAGAUCGACAGGAUCAAUUGGAGAUUUUGAAUUAAAAGAAAUGGAUGAUAUUCUUCAUAGAGAUUUCCAAACAAUUCAAGAUUAUUUGGGAGAUCAAAAGUUUUUGUUCGGAGAUAAAGUUACAGCGGCAGAUGCAGCUGUAUUUGGUCAAAUUGCGUCGGUGAUUUAUCCAUUCCGGUGCAGUAUCAACGAUGCCCUUGAAAAUGAUUUCCCAAAAAUUCUGGAAUAUUGUGAACGAGUUCGUCAGGAAAUAUAUCCAAAUGAUUUUACAAUUUAAUUUUUGUUUUAUGAAAAUAAAUGUUCAU